AACGAAUUCUUCACUCCCUUCGAGUACACAGUCCUACUAACAAUCAUUGCCAACUGUAUAGUUUUGGCGCUGGAGGAGCACCUCCCGAAAGGAGAUAGAACGCCUUUAGCUCAAAAAUUAGAGAAAACAGAACCCUAUUUCCUUGGUAUUUUCUGCGUAGAAGCCUUAUUGAAAAUUCUAGCUUUAGGGUUUAUAAUCCAUAAAGGAUCAUAUCUUCGUAACAUUUGGAAUAUCAUGGACUUUAUAGUAGUCGUCACCGGGUUCAUUACUUCCUAUGCAUCCGAUAACUUAGAAGUAGAUCUGAGAACGCUCAGAGCUAUACGAGUGCUUCGGCCUCUGAAGCUCGUUUCUGGGAUUCCAAGUCUUCAAGUAGUAUUAAAAUCUAUUAUCAAGGCUAUGGCGCCUCUCCUCCAAAUCGGCCUUUUGGUGCUGUUCGCUAUUGUCAUUUUUGCAAUUAUUGGCCUUGAGUUUUACAAUGGUGCUCUUCAUAAAACAUGCUACAGUUUAGAAGAUACAAGUGAAAUAGUCGCGGAAGGCGAACAGGAAAUCCCCUGUUACUACACCCUCGACCCUACGAACGCCCCUCAGGGUGCACGCACGUGCGAUCCAAACGGAGCGAUCUGCUUGGAAAAGUGGAGAGGUCCCAACUUUGGUAUAACCAGUUUCGACAACAUUUUCUUUGCCAUGCUUACAGUAUUUCAAUGCAUCACACAAGAAGGAUGGACGUCAAUGCUGUAUUGGACAAAUGAUGCUUUAGGAAGUACAUUCAACUGGAUCUACUUUGUGCCUCUCAUCAUCCUCGGGUCAUUUUUUAUGCUCAAUUUAGUUCUUGGUGUACUAAGUGGCGAAUUUGCAAAAGAAAGGGAAAGAGUAGAAAAUCGACAGGCUUACUUAAAACUUCGACGACAGCAGCAGUUAGAAAAGGAGUUGAAUGGUUAUGUAGAGUGGAUAUGUAGGGCAGAGGAGGUAAUCUUAGCUGAAGAAAGAACGACAGAAGAAGAAAAAAUACAUAUAAUCGAAGCAAGAGGCAGAGCAGCAGCCAAACGAAAAAAACUGAAAACAAUGCACAGUAAAAGUACAGAUGAAGAAGAAGAGGAAAUAGAUGAAGAUGCCCCCACAAAGACGGGUAAACCAAAAGGUUUUGCACGGGCUUCCUACCUCAAGGCAAAAGUCAAGAAUAAAGGUGCAUGCAAGUCCUUUUGGCAAGCAGAAAAAAGAUUCAGGUUUUUUAUUCGCCACCUUGUAAAGACCCAGGUGUUUUAUUGGGUUGUAAUUGUACUUGUGUUUCUUAACACUGUAUGUGUAGCUGUAGAACAUUACAACCAGCCAAAGUGGCUAACAGUUUUUUUAUAUUGGACAGAGUUUGUUUUUUUGGGACUCUUCAUAUUUGAAAUGUUUAUGAAAAUGUAUGCCUUAGGACCCCAUAUCUAUUUCGAGUCCUCCUUCAACAGGUUUGAUUGUGUAGUUAUAGCAGGUAGUGUAUUUGAGGUUGUGUGGUCCAGUGUGAGGGAAGGCUCAUUCGGGUUUUCAGUACUUAGAGCAUUAAGGCUGCUCAGGAUAUUCAAAGUCACCAAGUACUGGUCAUCCCUCCGAAACUUGGUGAUUUCUCUUCUCAGUAGCAUGCGUUCCAUCAUUAGUCUCCUAUUUUUGCUCUUCCUUUUCAUCCUCAUCUUUGCUCUUUUAGGGAUGCAACUGUUUGGUGGAGCCUUCAAUUUCCCCGAUGGAACUCCAUCUGCCAAUUUCAACACUUUUCCUAUUGCCUUGCUCACUGUAUUCCAGAUUCUAACAGGGGAAGAUUGGAAUGAAGUGAUGUACCGAGGGAUAGAAUCACAAGGGGGUAUCCAUGGAGGCAUGGUCUAUAGUCUGUACUUUAUCAUUCUUGUCCUCUUUGGCAACUAUACUCUUCUCAAUGUAUUUCUGGCUAUCGCUGUUGAUAACCUGGCCAAUGCUCAAGAAUUAACAGCAGCAGAGGAAGAAGAAGCUGAGGAAGAUAAGGAGAGAACAAAGGAAGAGCUUGAAAAGGAAAUAGCUGAAUUCCAUGCCAACAGCUCGAGUAUAGACCCUCCUCAAGUCAACAUAUGUCCUCCUUCUCCUCAGAAUACUCCUGAAAGCAGAUUAAGACGAUUCAAAUAUGAUCAAGAGAACUCAAAAAACUGGAAGGGUAGCCAGGAAAAACAGAUUGAUAUGGAGGUAGACAAAAGAUCAUUCAGUGAACAAGAACAAGUGAAUGAAAACAUCGAGUUGUCAGAAGAUGAUGAUGAUGAGAAUGCCCCAGAUGAAGAUGAGGAGAUAAAAGACGAUGAAAUCACUGGACCUAAACCCAUGCUGCCAUACUCCUCUAUGUUCAUCCUGUCACCAACAAAUCCGAUCCGACGUGCUGCUCAUUAUGUCGUUAGCCUUCGCUACUUCGACCUCUUCAUUAUGAUUGUCAUCUCCCUCAGCAGUAUUUCACUAGCAGCGGAAGACCCGGUGGUAGAAGACUCAGAAAAAAACAGGAUCCUGAACUACUUUGACUAUGCAUUUACUGGUGUUUUCACCUUGGAAAUGUUGUUAAAGAUUGUAGACCAAGGAGUAGUCUUACAUCCGGGUUCUUACUGUCGAGAUCCAUGGAACAUACUAGACGCCAUUGUUGUAAUUUGUGCCCUUGUUGCAUUUGCUUAUGCAGGGAGCAGUACAGGGCAAAACCUCAGUACCAUAAAGUCCAUGAGGGUACUUCGAGUUCUGAGACCUCUUAAAACCAUAAAGCGAGUACCAAAGCUAAAGGCCGUAUUUGAUUGUGUAGUGACAUCACUGAAAAACGUGUUCAACAUUCUCAUCGUUUACGUCCUCUUCCAAUUCAUCUUUGCCGUCAUAGCUGUACAGCUCUUUAAUGGGAGAUUCUUUUUCUGCAGUGAUGAAUCAAAACUCACAAAAGAAGAAUGCGAAGGAGAAUAUUUUGUGUUUACACAAGAUGGGAUGCCACCUGAAGUCAACAAACGGGUAUGGGAAAAAAGACCAUUCCAUUAUGAUGACAUUAUGUCUGCUAUGUUAACACUUUUCACAGUUUCAACAGGAGAAGGCUGGCCAGCGGUUUUACAAAAUUCUAUGGAUGCAACAUAUGAAGAUUAUGGACCUUUACCAAGAUUUCGUAUUGAAAUGGCAAUUUUUUAUGUUGUCUUUUUCAUCGUUUUCCCAUUUUUUUUUGUCAAUAUCUUUGUGGCCUUGAUCAUUAUAACUUUUCAAGAGCAAGGAGAGAAGGAGUUGGAAGAAGGUGAUCUUGAUAAAAACCAGAAAUCUUGUAUUGAUUUUUCAUUGCAAGCCAAACCGCUUCAACGCUAUAUGCCUAAAAACAAAGACAGUAUAAAAUACAAAUUGUGGAAACUGGUUGUAUCAACAGGCUUUGAGUACUUUAUCAUGGUUCUCAUUGUUCUCAAUACAUUAUUACUGAUGAUGAAGUUUUACAAUCAGAGCAAUCUUCUCAAGAAUAUUCUGCACUACAUGAACGCCGCCUUCACUGCUUUCUUUACUGUUGAAUGCUUAUUGAAGUUGGCUGCAUUUGGAGUCAGGAAUUAUUUUCGUGAUGGCUGGAACACCUUUGAUUUUAUUACUGUUGUUGGAAGCGUAGUGGAUGCACUAGUGAUGGAAAUAGGGGUCAACUUUUUCAACGUGGGAUUCUUAAGAUUAUUUCGAGCUGCUCGUUUGAUCAAGCUUCUCCGACAAGGUUACACCAUUCGUAUUUUAUUGUGGACCUUUAUUCAGUCCUUUAAAGCCUUACCUUACGUGUGUCUGCUCAUUGCUAUGCUUUUCUUCAUCUACGCCAUCAUAGGAAUGCAGGUUUUUGGUAAUAUCGCCCUCAAUCCUGAAUCCUCUAUAAUGCGUCAUAAUAACUUCCGCAACUUCUUCCAAGGACUUAUGCUUCUCUUCAGAUGUGCAACCGGGGAGGCGUGGCAAGCAAUCAUGUUGUCUUGUAUCAAAGGUCGACCAUGUGAUCCUCGUUCCAGCAAAUCGGGGGACGAAUGUGGAAGCAACAUUGCUUACGUGUAUUUCGUCAGUUUCAUCUUUUUGUGCUCUUUUUUGAUGCUGAACCUUUUCGUUGCUGUCAUUAUGGAUAACUUCGAUUAUUUAACUCGAGAUUCUUCUAUCUUGGGCGCUCAUCACCUUGAUGAAUUCAUAAGAGUUUGGGCUGAAUAUGAUCCUAGCGCUACCGGCUACAUUCACUACACAGAAAUGUACGACAUGCUACGAAACAUGGAUCCGCCACUGGGGUUCGGCAACAAAUGUCCUUAUAGACUAGCCUAUAAGAAAUUAAUUCGUAUGAACAUGCCCAUAACAGAAGAAGGAAAAGUCAAUUUUACUACGACCCUGUUUGCUUUAAUCCGAGAAAACCUUAUCAUAAAAAUGAGACCUGCAGACGAAAUGGAUAUAGCGGACAGAGAACUGAGGGAAACAAUUAGAAAAAUAUGGCCUUUUCAAGCAAAGAAACUAAUGGAUAAGAUUCUGCCAAAUAAUGAUGCCCUUCAGGAAGGAAACCUAACCGUUGGAAAAAUUUAUGCGGGUUUAUUGAUCUUGGAAAAUUGGAAAACAUCCCGAUUCGGCCAGUUACCAACUGAAGGAAAUCUGACAGAGGAAAAUGCAUCUUCUCCUCAGACUGAUCCAGCGCGACCCUCCUUGCUACGCCGUCUCAUGGGUGCAGUCAGGAACUCGAAUUCGCGUGCUGCUAGUCACGAGAGUCUCAACCAAGACGAAGAACACUACGAAGACGCAGACAGUCGAUCUUUACGGUCGCGAAGAGGGUCGUUUCGCAACUCAAGACUAAGCAUUGACAAAAUCCACGACAACUCGGAAAGCACGUGGCAGCGGUCUUUCAGUUUUCUACGUCGUGGAAGUAGUCGAAGAAAGCGACACAGUGCAGAUAGUGAAAUUUCCGGAUCGCAGGUUUUAGCCAAUCAUGCACCGUCUGAAAGCAACAAACAAAACCACAACCCAAGAAGCUAUCAAUUUGCUCUCAGUGAUAGACGCGAUAAAUCGGUCAUAUUCAACCACAAUAUUCCUUUUACUCUUCAAUCUUUUGAAGAUGCUCAUCUUCCAUCAAACAACUACAGAGUCUCACCUUCUGAUCAGAAACUAUCGUGUUAUUCACCUUACCGCCAUCUUGCUUCUGCAAGUCGAACUAUACAGCAUUCAGCUUCCGGUUUGCCCAACAAUGUUGCAUCACCCACAGAACAUCAAUUAGGCUUACCUGUUCAUAGCUUUACAACUUGUAAUAACAUGUCAAGACCAAGACGAAAUGAUUCGUUUUUACGGUCUAUUGAUUCCGAUUAUAAAGGCGACCACUCAAUAGCAAGAAGAAGUAAGAAGAAAGUGUUUCAUAUAACUACUGUAUGAGCCUAAAACUUCUGUAAGUCCUCUACGACCGGUUUUCGUGAAGACCAAUUUUCUCGAAUGGAAUCAGAUUUGAGUUGAAAAUCUAACCAGUCACUUCCGAAAUUAUCGGAAGUAACAAACAAAAUGUUCAAUACUCCAUUAUUAAUGUGUAAAACGCUUCCUAUCUUCUUAAGAAUUCGAGCUGAAUCGAAAAUAAUGUUUGGUCUUUGUUUCUUCGUCAAGAAGACUGUUUGAUAUUAACGUGUAAAGCAAGGAAGAUGAAGACAUGAAUGCUAUGGGACUCUUAUUGUGUAUUGUUCAAUUAAAAUAUCGUUGGCCGUCGACAAACUGUAAACAAUAUUCUGUUCGCCAUUUUUAAACGAAUGUCCGAUUGAUCAAUUAUACGCCAUUUGUAUGGGGGGUAAAAUUCUUAAGACAUAACACCUUUGAUAUUGAAAAGCUUGGUGUGUGUUUUUUUUUUCUUUGUUUUUUUUUUAACUUGUGACGUGAAUUGUUUAUGUGCUGUUAAUGGUUUAUGUUUAUAAAGGCUUCGUUAACAUGUUUUAUACUUAUUGAAUGAAUAAGGUUUGAAUACAAAGUAAUUUCAUUUUUUAACUUAAUAUUAAGUGUUCAUUGAAUGUAUUAAUUUUUACGAUCAAAAAGGACUUUUUUCAUAUAAAAUAUUUUUAUUUCUCAUCUUCCAUUCCGAGUCUCAUCUGAACUGAAAUAUUUCGUAAAAUUUUACCCGUUUUUGAAGGUAACUUAUUGCAAAAUUUUACCCGUUUUUGAAGGUAACUUAUUGCAAAAUUUUACCCGUUUUUGAAGGUAACUUAUUGCAAAAUUUUACCCGUUUUUGAAGGUAACUUAUUGCAAAAUUUUACCCGUUUUUGAAGGUAACUUAUUGCAAAAUUUUACCCGUUUUUGAAGGUAACUUAUUGCAAAAUUUUACCCGUUUUU